AUGAAAGGUGAAUCGGAAUUGAAUUUGCCCAGUGCCGACCAAAUCAAGCUCAUUGUAUGCGAUGUUGACGGGACAUUGCUAGACAGAAACCAUAAUUUUCAUGAACGAAAUUAUAGAGCAUUAGAAUAUUUACGAAAACAGGAUCCCGAAUUACCUAUCGUACUAGCGACUGGCCGGCAGCGUUCUUCUGUCAGUAAUAUUCGAGAACCAUUGGAAUUGGAUGCAUUUCCGUGUAUCCACCUGAAUGGUUGCGUAGUAUAUAACCAGGGCGAAUUAUUUUCUCAAGUAGGACUUUCAAAAGAAUUGGUGUACUCCAUAUUUUCAAAUGUCUUGGAAUAUGAUACUACGGCCGUAUUGGCGUAUGAUCACAAUAUGGUAUACCCAUUGAAAAACGAUUCCGAAAGCGGUGGUAUUCGAUUUCUGAAGGAUGCUGGUGAAGUUCUUGGAUUAGAGACUCCAGAUAAAACUAUCUUAGAACGAGUCAUUUCUAAUGAGCUACCAGUAACCAAAUUGGCAAUUUAUGAAAAGAACCAUGAACGGUUCACUAAAAUUAAGGAAUCUCUCAUGAGAAAUGAUCAGGAAGAAUACACGGUAACUCAAAGUAUGCCCUUUAUAGUUGAAGUUAUUCCUUCUUCUGCAAACAAAGCAACCGGGUUGACCAAUAUUUUGACCAAAAUAUAUCCUCAUAUUCACCUAGAUGAAGUUUUAAGCUUUGGAGAUGCUCAAAACGAUGUUUGCGUGUUUGAGAUUACCGGACAUUCCGUCUGUAUUCGCAAUGGCAUGCCUGCCGCCAUUCAAGCAGCAAAGUAUAUCUCUAGUUCCCCAAACCAUGAAGGUGCAGUUGGCGAAGUAUUAGAGCAUAUUUACAAAAUUCCUCCAUAUUACUGA